AUGGGGAAAAAAGUCUAUGUAAGCCACGCAUUUUUUAUACCAAUAUUUCAAAACAAUAUAACUGUUACUGUACAAAUGACAAACCAAAGAAACUAUGACAUUUUGGAGAGUAAAUAUUUUGGCUCCGAAUGUGCACCAAGUAAAAAGUUUUUCGAAUCCAUCAUGAAAAUCGGUAUUAUUGAUUCAUUCGUUAACUGGAAUUGUUUCAAACAACAAUUUGAAAUGGACGCCGAAAUAUGUUCAAAAAAAAUCACUAACUUUCAACAUUUACCGAAUCUUGAAGACGCAAAAAAAGCGGGAACAUGCAAUUCACUGUAUUGUUCAUUAAUUGUGACAGAAGGUCAAUCAGCUACAUCAUCGGUUACUGCAAGAUUAGGUGUUGAACGUGAUAAAUUUGGCAUAUUUUCAUUGCGUGGUAAUAUGUUGAAUGUCCGUGAGGCAUCGGAUAAUCAUAUUAUGGCAAACGCCGAGAUUAAUAAUUUGGUGAAAAUUCUGGGUUUAGAAUUCAAUAAAAAAUAUACAUCUAUUGAUGAUUUGAAUACACUCAGAUAUGGAAAGGUUCUAAUUAUGAAGGACCAGGACCUAGAUGGUUCCCACAUUGCUGGGCUAAUUAUCAAUUUUUUUCAUAAAUAUUGGCCAUCAUUAAUUAAUCUGCAAUAUCUUGAACGAAUUAUCACACCAAUUGUAAUGGUCAGCAAAAAAAAUUUUUUCAAACGUCUAUUCUAUUCUCUUCCCGAAUUCAAUGACUGGAAAGAUGAAAUUCCCAACAUUGAAUGCUACAACAUCAAAUACAACAAAGGUUUAGCUAUUAGUUUGUCAUCGGAAGAGGCAAGGGAAUAUUUUUCGAACAUGAAACGUAUCAAAAUCCGUUAUUGUUGAUGUUUUGUGAUAAUUAGAAUGAUUAUUUUAUUGAUUAUUUUAAUGAUAAAUUUAAUAAGAAUACAUGGAAUAAAGAAGAUCAAUUAAUCGAACAUAAACGUUGACUCGUUCAGAGUUAUAUUUUUUUUUUUAUUAGAACAAACAUCAAGGCACUGAAAAACGUGCUCUCUUAUAUGUCAUUCAUAAACUAUGUAUAUUCAUGAACAGGACUGAGGGAGAAACCAUUGAUUUAUUAACAGUUAUGAUGGUGAUGAUGAUGAUAAAGCCAUAGAAUUGGCAUUUAGUUCAAAAAUGAUUGAAGCAAGAAAAGAGUGGAUCCAAAAAGAAAUUAAAGAACGUCGCCAAAAACGAAAUAAUGGUGAAAAAGAUUCCUAUUCUCUAUGAACAUGAUACACAUGAAGUAACAAUCAGAGUGCUGCAAAAUAUUCUGACACGUAGUCUAUGAGUGGACCACGACACAGCAAACCUCGUGUAUGACCGCGCGCGCUUUGUUGAUCCCUCCCCGGAUCUUUGACACACACAUUAUCCUUUGUCCACACACACAUUGUCCUUUGACACACACACACUUUUCGUCUUUCGUCACAAAACCACGUUUUUCCAAAAAACACUAAAAAACCACGUUUUUGCACACAACACACACUCAUGUUCUUGCUUUCGACCAGAUCGGUCAUCUCCAUUUCUUUUUUAUUGUCUUAAUAAAAUUAUUAUUAUUAUUCGUUUUUUCAA